AUGGCAGUUGGGGCUGAUGCAAUCACCAAGAAGGCUGUCGUUGAAUGGUCGCCAAGUGGUGAACCGUUCCAAGAUCCUAUGCUGGAUCAUGCAGCUUUGAUCGAGCUUCAGCUCCUUGAUCGUAUUGUGUUUGUUUGCGACAGUUCAGCGCCUUCUGUCAUCUAUAAGGUAUCGGAAGAAUCAUUUGCAGAAUGCAAGUAUGAUUCAUCAGCAGAAUGGAUUGGGGAAUGUUCUCGUGGGUUGAAAUAUGUGACAGUUUUUCUACGAAAUGGCCCCACACAAACCGUUUUCUAUCCAAACAAGACAUAUUUCUUUACGUCCUUUUCGUCUGGCACGAGAUAUGGAGUACGAGAUAGAUCAGGUGGUCUUUGUGAGAGGGGAGUACGGCUUAUCAAAUUACAGCUCGAGCUUCGUGAUUCUUCUGCUCGUAUUCCUCUGAAACCCGGUUUCAGCAAUGGUUUGCAAGAGCUGCAGGUUCCCGUGCAACGCGUUGCUUAUGGUGGUAUGUCUGAAAAACCACACCAUAGACGUCGUAAUGAUGAACAACUUCUUUCCAUGGGAAUGCCAUUCCCAAUCGGAGGUAGCGAUUCGGAGUCGAGAUCGUAUCUUCUUGGCACUGAGGAAGACGAUAAUAAUGGCCUGUUUGGAUGGUUGCAGCGUGCUGUUUCGCGUGAGAUCGUUGAUGAUGAUCUAGAAAUCCAGAAAAGACGUAUUGAUAACGAUUAUUCGAAAUGGGGAACUUUCACGCCACCAGACCUAUUCCAAUACAACACGGCACAGGAAGUUUUCCACUUGUCUAUUAUUUCACUGGUUAUGCUAAUCAUGACUGGAUUCUGA